AGGAGUAUUACCAUUUCUCAAUAUACAUGGACCCUACGUCAUCAGUUAACAUCCGCCCGCCGGCAUCGGCAAAGCGUCGCCGCCGUGUCUCUCUGACCACAAUUGACGCUCUCGGAGCCGACACUCUAUUCAUGAUUUUCACUUUUCUCGACCUCGUCCACCUAAUUCGCUGCUCGGCCGUCUGCAACUCAUGGAGGGCAGUGAUUACUAAACUGAAGCUGCUGCAAUUACAGUAUCACAAGCAACAUCAGGCUGAUUCUGCUAGUGUCUCUGAUUUGUCUAAUUAUUCAGAAAAAUUGAUAAAUAUACAGAUGGAGCAGCUAGCUAUGGAUCAACAAAGAUCUUCUUUACUACAAGGACAUGUUGGUGUUUUUCAGUGGAAAGCUCACUCGGUAGGGUUUACCAAAUGCAGAAUGAAAAUGGGAUUGAUUCUCACUGGUGUUGGAGAUAAGGUGAUGCGUCUCUGGUCUGCAGAGAGCUGCAAGGGUUUGGAUGAAUACCAGCUUCCGGAUAGAGCACCGCUAAUUGAUUUUGACUUCGAUGAAGGGAAGGUUGUUGGUCUUGUGGGAACGCGUAUAUGCAUAUGGAAACGUAUUGGAACUAGAGAUCUGUUUUCCUCACGCGAAGGCUUGUUUACCAGGGGAUUGUGUAUGCGUUAUGUAGACCCACAGGCAGUGGUUGGCUGUGAGGAUGGGAAAGUGCGGGUCUUUGACCUGUAUAGCAGAAAGAUUUCACAAAUAAUCAAGAUGCAUCCUGGGGCAGUAUCAAGCUUAUGUUUUAGCGACGAGCAACUGAUUGUCAGUGGUUCUUCUCUUGGUGGUAUCUCUGUAUCAGAUCUUUCGUCAGAUCAGAGGGUGGUUACCUUUGACGCAACUAGUUCUGCAGGCAUAAAGACUAUGUGUUUGAGCCCAAACACAUAUUCACUAUUUUGUGGAUCAAGUACAGGCUAUGCAUCUUGUUGGGACCUAAGGACAAUGAGAAGAAGAUGGGAAACACGAGUGAGUCCAAAUGUGCUGUACUCUAUGCAACAUCUGAGGAAUGAUGCAUCCACGUUGGUUAUUGGCGGAAUAGACGGUGUGGUGAGAAUUGUCGACCAGGGCAGUGGCGAUGUACUGUCCAGAAUCAUCAUGGAGAAUAGCUCUGAAUCAAGCCGUUCCAUGGACAAGAACAAAUUAAUUCAGAAAAAGAAAGGAAUAAGACUUACGGAAGAUGAUCGCAUUGAUCUAUUGCCAAAUCGUCCUCCUAUAACAAGCUUGGCUGUUGGAAUGCAGAAAGUUGUCACUGCACAAAGUGAUAAAUGCAUAAGAGUUUGGAAGUUUGGUAAAAAAUGACUUCAGCUGUUUAGCAGUGGGAUCAACUUUAUAACUUGGUUAUGGCUUUGUAGCAUUACACUCUACUGGGAGCCUAAUUGGUGGAGUAGGUCUCAUGACUGAAACGUGAUGGGGUCUCGAGUAGAACAUUUAUCUGCAUAUGCAGUGGCGGUUCUAGGGGAGGCGCCCGACCCCUUCCCCCGAUCUGAUUGAAAACCCUCUCUCAGGUGUAGAUGGAGGCCGAUUCAACACACUUCCAACAUUGAUUUUCAAACCUUUGCAAUUGCAGCUUCCAUUGAUGAGUUAUAUACUAGCCUAAUAACCCUCAUAAUAUGUCAUACUAAUAACUUAAUUUCGACCAUUUAAAUAUGAUAAGGAACAGUUCACAUUAA